AUGCGAGAGGAAAUUGGGAAUCUGCGAAAACGAGUCACCGAAAAUAAGAUGGACGUUGAAUCGCUGAUCAAUCUGAUCCGAAAAGAGAACGAGCUGGCAGUGCUGGAAGCGUCCCAUUCGAUUCCGAAUUUUCAAGAUUUGGCUGAACGACAAUUGACUUAUGUCGAGAAAAUGCGAAAGUUCAAUGCGAGAAGUUCGAUUUUGAGAAUUAUCGAAGUUGAGCUGAUGCGGAAAGCCGAACGACCGCUAGAUGAGAUUGCAAAAGCCUACCGCUCGCUGCUCCAUGAAUUUCCACACGAUCCAAUGGUUUGGUGGAGUCAACUAGACUAUCUACAGUACGAUUCGAAUGUCUAUUCGUUUGAAGGACUACGAGACGUCUUCUACAAAUGUCUGAAUACGAUUCGGAAUUUGGCGACGGGCGGUAUGCAAUCACAUGCGAAUCGAAUCGCCGAUAUGCCGCAAUUCAAGCUAUUCUAUUUCAUCGUUUAUCUGCGAUUCUUGAAGUGGAUUAUGCAUUGUGGAUUGACACCGGUUGCUUUAGCCAAUGUUCAGGGGUCAAUGGAGUACAGAUUCGGUUUCAUUGAGCCAGUCGACAAGAAACAAAAUCGCCAGCACCUUUUCAAUGAGUACUGGGAUAUCAAAAUUCCAAGAAUCGGAGAUCCAGGCGGACAAGGAAUGGAGGUGUUUCUAUCGCAAAACCAGACGAACCUCGAUCCAAUUCAACACGAAUCGUCUGAAAUGGAGAGAUGGUCGUUCGACGCGUACCAAGCGCUGGAAAUCCUCCAUAAGCAGUGCCAAUCGGAAGAGGCGAAUUGGGUGGAAUACGAGCGGAAAAUGCAGAAUUUGGAUUGUCGAGUGAAGCGGAACGAGUACCAAAUUGAUGAGUAUAUCGAUUUGGAGCCAAUCGACAUGUUCGGCAAUGUGAUGGCCGAGGAUUUGCACAUUUUCAGUGAGAUUGAUGACUAUACGGUUAUGGAUUGGACACAACCGAUGUUGGAGAUGUUGGGAGUCAAGUUUUUGCACUCGUCCGGUUGCUUCACCACGACGGAACACGUGAUUUCCGAAUGGAUUCAACGGGACAUCUUCAAACAAUCCCUACCGAAUUUCCCCGAAACUCCCGCAUACACCGAACCGACUACGGUAGCCGUCGGAAUGCGAAUCCUUCGAUUCCUUCUGAAUCGACGUCAUCAGGAGGUGCUGAAGACGUCAACGACGACGGUGACGAGGGACGAUUCAAUGAUGAAGUACCUGUUGGCAACCGUCGAGAUGAACGCCAAGGACAUUGAAAACGCUCCGGGUUUCGAGUAUUUCAAGAUUAAGCAAAAAACGGUGCUCUCACUGCAACAGCUAACAAAAGCCGACAUAAAUCUCUAUAAAACGGGAAAUGAUUAUGUGAUUCAAGCGAUGUCCCUCCAUGCAACACUAAAAAUGACACAGUGGUUCGAGCGGGCUGUGGCUGAGCAAUCGGAGCUGCUCAGACUGCAAGGGUUGUCUGAUGAAGCUCGCGAGAGCUUCAAGGCGCUUCUGGAUAAGUAUCGAGUCGAGAAAAAGGAUAUUGAUGGGUUGGCCUCGUGUAGGACGUUCAUUUGGAAGAUGAUCGACAGUCUCGUCGAAUCGUUGAAUCAGCAGGAUGGCGGCGGCAGCGUCUCGACGAAUAUCAAAAAUCCGUCGAUACCGUAUCCAGUGCUUCAACUCGUGCUUUUCGCCAAAAUUUUGAAGGCCCGCCAAUACGUCUCCAGCGACGCCGUAGCUGCUCAAAUCCGUAUCGCACUGGGAAAAGAGAUUCUAGAGGAAAACGACGAUGACACGGUGAGAAUGUACGAUAAACGAGGUAUACUGUAUCGUGAAAUGAUUGGAUCACUGCUGGAUCAAGUACAAAUGCUCACAGAGAGGGACGAGUAUGAAGAGACGCAGGGUAUUCCGGAAUUCCCGCGGGUUGGAGCACUGUGCACCGCGUUGCACUGGGCCGUCGAGUUUAUUUUUUUGAAACAGAACAAGGAGCCGCGUAAGACGCUGAACAACGCCACCAAAUCGCUUCUGGAGAAGUUCGACGUGUUCGAUGAGAAGCAGAAGGAUUGGAAUCGAGGAGACACGGAGAAAUACAGGGAUCGAGUGGAUAUUCAGUUCCUCCUCGACACCCUCAUCGCCUUGUUCCAUCACAAGGACUUCCGUACGACCCACUUCGACAACUACCACAAAAUCGUUCUUCGCUCAUCGGCCACGUUCAAUUGUGAGACGAAAUAUAUGCUCAAGUUGGCCGAGUUGUACUCCACGAAUCGAUUUCAGUGGAUGAAGAUCCGCGGUGUGAUGGACGAGCGAAACAAGGAGAUCCGUCGCAAGUCGGCCUACCAAUUCGAUUUCCUCGCCGAACGACGUCUUCUGAUGAACAAUCUCGCCGUGAUGUUCUCCACAAUGCGGAUUUGCGCGAAGAUCGGAGGAGAAUCGUCGAGCCGAAUGCAAUUCAAGGAGUGGAAUCAACGAGCGAUGACACUGAAUGAUCCAUCGGUUUGGCGGAUGGUCAUGCACGCGGCGAAGCAGCUCGAUUUGGAGGCUUCCAAGGAGUUUGAGGAGACAUUCACUCGUGCCAUCGGUCAAUGUCAAUGGGCCCAUAAUCUGUCGAUCGACUACGUCGCCGGCAGACCGGACAAGCUGAAAGCAGUUCUGCUAGCUCGUCUGGAUCAAACCGUUGGUCAACCGCACACGCACUUUGUCGAGAAUCUGGACACGCUGUCAUCGUUCAGAGAUAUUGGAGCAUUUCGAGAGAAUAAUCCAGCUCCUCCUGCUCCUCCUCCCCGUCCUCUUCCAGCCGAUGAAUUACUAGAAGUCAAAGAAGAAGAAAUUCCACGAAGAAAUUGA